AUGUACAAUCUGUGGAUUAAAUGGAUAGAAAUUACAAUGCUGCUUAUUAUGGUUGAUGGCCAACUGCUCAAGCAGGCAAAGGCCCCAUUGCUACUCCACAAACCUUUCAUUGUUGUUUGGAAUGCACCUACGGAACAGUGCAGACUGCGGUACAAGGUGGACCUAGAUCUCAAUGUUUUUGACAUUGCAUCAAACACCAAUGAAACUUUGAGUGGAUCCAAUGUGACAAUCUUUUAUCACACUCAUUUGGGGCAUUACCCCUAUUACUUAGACAAUGGGGUUCCUGUCAAUGGAGGGGUGCCACAGAAUGAGAGCCUGAUAAAACACCUUAACAAAGCUAAGUCUGACAUUGACCAUUCCAUACCCUUGAAGAAAUUCCAAGGACUUGCAGUCAUUGACUGGGAAAAUUGGAGGCCCCAGUGGGACAGGAACUGGGGUAAUAAAACCAUUUAUAGGAAUAAGUCUCUCGAACUGGUUAGGAGACGCCAUCCUCAAUGGUCAGAGGACAAAAUUAGGAAAGUUGCUAAGGAAGAAUUUGAAAAUGCUGGCAAGAGUUUUAUGAACAACACUAUCCUUCUGGCUGAGCACAUGAGACCGAAUGGUCUAUGGGGUUAUUAUCUUUACCCAGACUGCUACAAUUAUGAUUACAAAGAACAUCCAAAAGUAUACACAGGUAGAUGCCCAGACAUUGAAUCUUCCCGCAAUGAUCUACUGCUUUGGCUGUGGAAAGAAAGCACUGCUCUUUAUCCAUCCAUCUAUCUGGAUUAUAUAUUGAAGUCAAGUCCAAAUGCUCUGAAGUUCGUUCACUAUCGGGUUAAGGAAGCAAUACGUAUUGCCUCAGUUGCUAGAAAAGACUAUGUUUUGCCUGUUUUUGUUUACUCCAGACCAUUUUAUGCCUAUACUUUGCAUGUUUUGACAGAGACUGACCUGGUGAACACUAUUGGAGAGAGUGCUGCUUUGGGAGCAGCAGGGGUUGUCCUUUGGGGAAGCAUGCAGUAUGCCAGCUCAAAGGAGAGCUGCUCAGUUGUGAAAAAAUACAUAGAUGGCCCCUUAGGACAUUAUGUCAUUAAUGUAACCUCAGCAGCCAAACUCUGCAGUAAAGUUCUGUGUAAGAAAAAUGGGAGAUGCAUUCGUAAAAUCAGUGACUCUUCUGCUAAUCUGCACUUGUCGCAAAAUAGUUUUGAGAUUGGGGUCCACCAUUCUGAAAAAGGCCCAAGAUUCUUUGUGACUGGAAAACCUAGACCAGAAGAUAUAAAGGCCAUGAAGCAGAGCUUCACAUGUCAGUGUUACCAAGGCUGGACUGGGAUAUUUUGUGAACUGCCUGACCGAAGUCUACUUGAGCAAUGGGCUCACACUCUGUUUAAUAGAUCAAAAAAUAAAAUGUUCAACUUUCUUUUAUUUGGAUCCAUGCAGGUUUUUCUGCUUCUCAUUAUACAUUAA